AUGAAAACAUUUCCUUGCAACUUGCUUACCGUUCGUGUAAUACGACUGAGGAAUCUCCGCCAGGCUGAUGUCUUAAGCAACUCUGAUUGUUAUGUGACCCUUUGCCUACCGACUGCAACAACUGAGAAGCUGAAGACUAAAACUGUAAAUAAUUGCAAGAACCCUGUUUGGAAUGAAACCUUUUACUAUAGAAUUCAAAGACAAGUCAAGAAUGUGCUAGAGUUCUUUGUGUAUGACUCAGAUGCUGUUACUGAAGAUGAUCACCUUUUCACUAUCAAUUUCGAUGUAGCUCGUCUUCCUGAUAAUGAGAAAGUUCUCAUGACUUUUAAAUGUGAUCCAGAGACACAAGAAGAGCUGGAAGUUGAAUUUAUAGUGGAACCUGCGUGUGGUCCUCCGGAAACACUAAUUACAAAUGGAGUUCUAGUGUGUCGUGAAAUUUGUACACUGGAAGCUGAGGUGGAUCAAAGCAAGCGACAUAAAUCACAGAAAGACCUUUCACUUUCUAUAAAAGGAUCGUGUGAAGGGACACAAACUUUUAAGUUGGGUUCAGAUGCAGUUCUCACACCUCCAAGUCCCACUACGUUCCAUUAUAUCAAGUACAAGGAUCCAUCAUUGAAUGUUAAACUACCAAAGACAAAGCCACGUUAUAACCCUGUAUCGUUCCUGUUCUUGUUCCACCAAGGAAGAUGUUCCAAUUGUGAAGCUGAAUUCCCUGCCUAUGGGAGAGAAAGUGCCAAUAGUGGAAAGCUACAGACUGAGCUAGAGCUAAAAGCAGAGACAGAGACAAAAGACUUAGAUGUUCGCUUGGGAUAUGAUCUGUGUUCACAAGAGCAAGAGUUCUUGUGUAAGCGAAAAAGAAUAGUUGCUCAAGCUUUGAAGCAGGUUCUCCAGCUAGAUUAUGAUUUGCAAGAUCACGAGGUUCCUGUGGUGGCAAUCAUGACAACUGGUGGUGGGACAAGGUCAUACACAACAACAUUUGGCUCUAUGAGAGCACUCAAAAAGCUGAAUCUUAUGGACUGUGUAACAUACAUGUCUGGCUUGUCUGGAACUUCAUGGGCCAUGGCACAUCUAUACAGGGAUGCUUACUGGUCCCAGAACGAUCUACAUGAAAAAAUACAGGAGGCUAAGAAACAAGUGACUAAAAGCAAGUUGGAUAUGUUCACCGCAAACCGUAUGAAAUACUACUAUCAACAGUUGAAUCAAAGGAAACAGGAGGGCUACCCGAUAACUUUUAUAGAUCUCUGGGGACUCAUCAUAGAGUAUUUGUUAAAUGAUGGGAAAGAUAAUCACAGGCUUUCAGAGCAGAAAGAAUCUUUGAUAAAUGGACAAAACCCCCUGCCCAUCUACGUUACUAUUAACAUCAAGGACAAGUAUAGCACUCAAGACUUCAAAGAAUGGCUAGAAUUUACACCCUAUGAGGUGGGAUUUCUGAAGUAUGGAGCAUUUGUGCAUCCUGAGGACUUUGGAAGUGAAUUUUUCAUGGGCCACCUGAUAAAGAAGCUUCCAGAAACCCGGAUGUGCUAUCUUCAUGGUAUGUGGAGUAGCAUAUUUUCACUCAACUUGUUGUAUAUUUGGAAUAGAGUUAACAGUUCAGAAGAAUUCUGGCAUCAAUGGACUCAAGACAAAUUUAUAGAUAUUGAUGAAGACCCACACUUACCUACAAAACCUUAUGAGCUAAAAAGCCGCAUGUUUGUCCCACCUGGAGAUCUAGCCAUGAAACUUCGUGGGAUUUUAACAGAUCGCCUAGCUGUUGCACAGUAUCACAAUUUUCUGAAGGGUUUCCAGAUGCAUGACUGCUACAUGGAGAAUACACAUUUUCAUAGAUGGAAAGCUACUACAUUGGAUUGUUGUCCCAAUCAGCUAACAGAAUAUGACGAUCACCUCGGCCUGGUGGAUGCUGGAUUUUUCAUCAAUACAAGUUGCCCACCACUCUUAAGGCUAGAGAGGAAAGUGGAUGUCAUCCUGCAUUUGAGCUUCAGUGCAGGCUCACAAACAUUGCCUCUAGAAGAUGCUUGCAAGUACUACAAAGAACAAGGGAUCCCAUUUCCAAAUGUUGUCUUAACAGAUGAAGACAAGAAACACCUGAAAGAAUGCUACUAUUUCAAUCAGUCAGAGGCAUCUGGUUGCCCUAUCUUGGUUUUCUUUCCAUUAGUGAAUGAUACUUUCCAAUAUUAUAGUGCACCUGGUGAGAGGCGCUCCGAAGCCGAUAUGGCUGGUGGCAACAUUGACGUUUCCACUUGCAAAACCCCAUAUUCCACUUACUGCCUGAAAUAUUCAGAUGAGGAUUUUGACAAGCUUGUGAACCUAAGUGAAUACAACAUCCUGAAUAACCAGCACCUGAUUUUUCAAGCUUUGCAUGCAGCGAUAGAACGGAAGAGAAAGUGGAAAAAAGAAGCAAGUAGA